UGUCUCUCUCUCUUUCCCACUUUUUCUUCCUUUCAUUUUUGCUGCCUCCUGCCACUCGCCUUCCCGGCCUCCUUUCAUGUCUGUGCUGGGCACUUUCCUGGUGGGGGUCUCGAUCCGGCUCUGCCUGGCUAUAUUUGUCUUCCCGGGUCUGCUCUCUCCAACCGCCUCCCUCCAUAUCUGUUUCUGCCUGUUUCUCUGCCUCUUGUGUGUCGGUGUCUCUUGGUGGCCGUGGGGUCUCUGUCUCUGUCUUCCUGAGUUUCUUUCCAUCUUCCCCUCCGGCUCAACUUUCCCGGCUCUUCUCUCCCACCUUCCGGCAUCCAUCUCUCCAUUUCUCCCUGCAUUUAUCGCUUUCCUUCAUCUGUCUCUCUUGCUUGCUCUCCAUUUCUGUCACUCCGUCUUAUCUUUCUCUCCCUCCUCGCCCUGUUGCCGUCUGUCACUCUCUGAGCCUCUCUCCCUGCCUGCCUCUUCUCCAUCCUCCCCUCUGCCCCCCAUCUUGCUCAUUUCAUCCUUCUUUCUAUCCCUCUGGGUUUUUCCUAAUUUCUUUCUCUUCCUCUGUAUCUUCCCCUCUCUCCAUCACCCAACCCCACUCUGUCUUUGGGUUUUUCCUCCUUCCCUAUAAUCUACUUCUACCUAACUCUGUGACUUCCUAUCUCUGGGUCUUUCUCCCUGUCCUCUCCACACCUCUCCCUCUCUUUCUGGGGUCCUUUCCCCAACUCUCUCUUCCUUCCACCUCCUUCCUUGUGCUCCCCUAUCUCUGUGCAUCUCUAUCUCUACCCCCAACCCUUCCCUCUCCUCCCUGUCUCUGCACCUCUUCCACUCUCUCCUCAUCUCCGUGUAUCUCUACAUCUUGCCCUCUUGUCUCUGUCCUUCCAUCUCUGUGUCUCCCCGUCUGUCUCCCUCUGAUCCCUGGUCCCCGGGUCUCCCCGUCUCUGUCUCCCCCCGGGCCCCCGCGCACAGAGGCCGCCCGGCGGGGCCCGCAGGCGAUGCGCGGCGCCGGUGGCCCCCGCGGCCCUCGGGGCCCCGCUAAGAUGUUGCUGCUGCUGGCGCUGGCGUGCGCCAGCCCGUUCCCGGAGGAGGUGCCGGGGCCGGGCGGGGUCGGCGGGGGCCCCGGCGGGGCGCGGCCGCUCAACGUGGCGCUCGUGUUCUCGGGACCCGCGUACGCGGCCGAGGCGGCGCGCCUGGGCCCGGCGGUAGCGGCGGCGGUGCGCAGCCCGGGCCUGGACGUGCGGCCCGUGGCGCUGGUGCUCAACGGCUCGGACCCGCGCAGCCUGGUGCUGCAGCUCUGCGACCUGCUGUCGGGGCUGCGCGUGCACGGCGUGGUCUUCGAGGACGACUCGCGCGCGCCCGCCGUCGCGCCCAUCCUCGACUUCCUGUCGGCGCAGACCUCGCUGCCCAUCGUGGCCGUGCACGGCGGCGCCGCGCUCGUGCUCACGCCCAAGGAGAAGGGCUCCACGUUCCUGCAGCUGGGCUCCUCCACGGAGCAGCAGCUUCAGGUCAUCUUUGAGGUGCUGGAGGAGUACGACUGGACGUCCUUCGUGGCGGUGACCACACGUGCCCCUGGCCACCGGGCCUUCCUGUCCUACAUCGAGGUGCUGACCGACGGCAGCAUGGUGGGCUGGGAGCACCGCGGGGCGCUGACGCUGGACCCGGGGGCGGGCGAGGCCGUGCUGGGGGCCCAGCUCCGCAGUGUCAGUGCGCAGAUCCGCCUGCUCUUCUGCGCCCGCGAGGAGGCCGAGCCGGUGUUCCGGGCAGCCGAGGAGGCAGGCCUCACCGGGCCUGGUUACGUCUGGUUCGUGGUGGGGCCCCAGCUGGCUGGAGGCGGGGGCUCGGGGGCCCCUGGGGAGCCCCUCCUCCUGCCAGGAGGCGCCCCACUGCCUGCUGGGCUGUUUGCAGUGCGCUCAGCUGGCUGGCGGGAUGACCUGGCCCGGCGGGUGGCAGCUGGCGUGGCCGUGGUGGCCAGAGGAGCCCAGGCCCUACUGCGCGACUACGGCUUCUUGCCCGAGCUCGGCCACGACUGUCGCGCCCAGAACCGCACCCACCGCGGGGAAAGCCUGCAUAGGUACUUCAUGAACAUCACCUGGGAUAACCGGGAUUACUCCUUCAAUGAGGAAGGCUUCCUGGUGAACCCCUCCCUGGUGGUGAUCUCACUCACCAGAGACAGGACUUGGGAGGUGGUGGGCAGCUGGGAGCAGCAGACUCUCCGCCUCAAGUACCCACUAUGGUCCCGCUACGGCCGCUUCCUGCAGCCGGUGGACGACACGCAGCACCUCACGGUGGCCACACUCGAGGAGAGGCCAUUUGUCAUAGUGGAGCCUGCCGACCCCAUCAGCGGCACCUGCAUCCGGGACUCUGUCCCCUGCCGGAGCCAGCUCAACCGCACCCACAGCCCUCCGCCGGACGCCCCCCGCCCGGAAAAGCGGUGCUGCAAGGGCUUCUGCAUCGACAUUCUUAAGCGGCUGGCGCAGACCAUCGGCUUCAGCUACGACCUCUACCUGGUCACCAACGGCAAGCACGGGAAGAAGAUCGACGGCGUCUGGAACGGCAUGAUCGGGGAGGUGUUCUACCAGCGCGCGGACAUGGCCAUCGGCUCCCUCACCAUCAACGAGGAGCGCUCCGAGAUCGUGGACUUCUCCGUGCCCUUCGUGGAGACGGGCAUCAGCGUCAUGGUGGCGCGCAGCAACGGCACUGUGUCCCCCUCGGCCUUCCUCGAGCCCUAUAGCCCUGCCGUGUGGGUGAUGAUGUUCGUCAUGUGCCUCACCGUGGUCGCCGUCACUGUUUUCAUCUUCGAGUACCUCAGUCCUGUCGGCUACAACCGCAGCCUGGCCACGGGCAAGCGCCCUGGUGGCUCAACCUUCACCAUCGGGAAGUCCAUCUGGCUGCUCUGGGCCCUGGUGUUCAAUAACUCGGUGCCUGUGGAGAACCCCAGGGGGACCACCAGCAAGAUCAUGGUGCUGGUCUGGGCCUUCUUCGCCGUCAUCUUCCUCGCCAGCUACACCGCAAACCUAGCCGCCUUCAUGAUCCAGGAGGAGUACGUGGACACUGUGUCUGGGCUCAGCGACCGCAAGUUCCAGCGGCCCCAGGAGCAGUACCCACCCCUGAAGUUUGGGACGGUGCCCAACGGGUCCACGGAGAAGAAUAUCCGUAGCAACUACCCUGACAUGCACAGCUACAUGGUGCGCUACAACCAGCCCCGCGUGGAGGAAGCGCUCACACAGCUCAAGGCAGGGAAGCUGGACGCCUUCAUCUACGAUGCGGCCGUGCUCAACUACAUGGCCCGCAAGGACGAGGGCUGCAAGCUCGUCACCAUCGGCUCGGGGAAGGUCUUCGCCACCACAGGCUACGGCAUCGCCCUGCACAAGGGCUCCCGCUGGAAGCGCCCCAUCGACCUGGCGCUGCUGCAGUUCCUGGGGGACGACGAGAUCGAGAUGCUGGAGCGGCUGUGGCUCUCCGGGAUCUGCCACAACGACAAGAUAGAGGUGAUGAGCAGCAAGCUGGACAUCGACAACAUGGCGGGCGUCUUCUACAUGCUCCUGGUGGCCAUGGGCCUCUCCCUGCUGGUCUUCGCCUGGGAGCACCUGGUCUACUGGCGCCUGCGGCACUGCCUGGGGCCCACGCACCGCCUGGACUUCCUGCUGGCCUUCUCCAGGGGCAUGUACAGCUGCUGCAGCGCCGAGGCCGCCCCGCCGCCCGCCAAGCCCCCGCCGCCGCCGCAGCCGCUGCCCAGCCCCGCGUAUCCCGCGCCGCGGCCCGCGCCGGGCCCCGCGCCCUUCGUGCCCCGCGAGCGCGCCGCGGUGGACCGCUGGCGCCGCGCCAAGGGCCCGGGGCCGCCGGGGGCUGCCGGCCUGGCCGACGGCUUCCACCGCUACUACGGCCCCAUCGAUCCGCAGGGCCUGGGCCUGGGCCUGGGCGAGGUGCGGGCGGCGCCCCGCGGCGUGGCCGGCCGCCCGCUGUCCCCGCCGGCCGCGCAGCCCCCGCAGAAGCCGCCGCCGUCCUACUUCGCCAUCGUGCGCGACAAGGAGCCCGCCGAGCCCCCCGCCGGGGCCUUCCCCGGCUUCCCGUCGCCGCCCGCGCCCCCGGCCGCCGCCGCCGCCGGGCCGCCGCUCUGCCGCCUGGCCUACGAGGACGAGAGCCCGCCGGCGCCGACGCGCUGGCCGCGCUCCGAUCCCGAGAGCCAGCCACUGCUGGGGCCCGGCGCGGGGGCAGCCGGCGGGCCGGGGGGCGCGGGCGGAGGCCCCCCGGCCGCGCCGCCACCGUGCCGCGCCGCGCCACCCCCCUGCCCGUACCUCGACCUCGAACCCUCGCCGUCGGACUCGGAGGAUUCGGAGAGCCUGGGCGGCGCGUCGCUGGGCGGCCUGGAGCCCUGGUGGUUUGCCGACUUCCCCUACCCGUACGCCGAGCGCCUGGGGCCGCCGCCCGGCCGCUACUGGUCGGUCGACAAGCUCGGGGGCUGGCGCGCCGGCAGCUGGGACUACCUGCCCCCGCGCAGCGGCCCGGCCGCCUGGCACUGCCGCCACUGCGCCAGUCUAGAGCUGCUGCCGCCGCCGCGCCAUAUCAGCUGCUCGCACGACGGCCUGGACGGCGGCUGGUGGGCGCCGCCGCCCCCACCCUGGGCCGCGGGACGCCCGCCGCGGCGCCGGGCCCGCUGCGGGUGCCCCAGGCCGCACCCGCACCGCCCGCGGGCCUCCCACCGCGUGCCCGCCGCCGCGCCCCCACCCAACCGGCACCGGCGCGCCGCGGGGGUCUGGGACCUCCCGCCGCCCGCGCCCACCUCGCGCUCGCUCGAGGACCUCAGUUCUUGCCCCCGCGCCGCCCCCGCACGCCGGCUCACCGGGCCCUCCCGCCACGCGCGCCGGUGCCCCCACGCCGCGCACUGGGGGCCGCCGCUGCCCGCCGCGUCCCACCGGAGACACCGGGGCGGGGACCUCGGCACCCGCAGGGGCUCGGCGCACUUCUCCAGCCUCGAGUCGGAGGUAUGA